AUGAGGCGGUUAUUGUUUGUUAGUAUCUUACAUGAUAUUCAACAAGUGAAUGAGUACUUCAUUCAAACUUGUGAUGCCACUGGUGCUCUGGGAUUAUCCGGUGUACAGAAAAUGACUGCAGCACUUUGGAUCCUGCAGUACGGCGUGCCUGCUGAUGCUGUAGACAAGUACAUUAGAAUCGACGAAAGUACUGCAAUUUCUGCCUUGAAUUUUUUUACCAGAUCAAUUGUUGCUACGUAUGAAGCCAUUUACUUAAGAUCUCCAAAUAAAGCAAACGUCGCCAGAUUAUUGCAAGAGGGAGAACAAUGCGGGUUUCCUGGAAUGUCGUCUUUAUUUGCUGAAUUAACUAGAGAACGUGCUCCUACUGCCAACUACACCAUCAAUAAUCAUGCGUACACCAUGGGGUAUUAUCUUGCAGAUGGUAUCUAUCCUUGUUGGGCAAUGAUUGUGAAAACAAUAUCUCAACAUCAAGGCGCAAAGAGACAACUAUUUGCGAGAAUGCAUGAGGCAUGUCGGAAAGAUGUCGAAAGGGCAUUUAGAGUGCUCCAAGCAUGA